ACUAUGAAUUUAUUUAUAUUGCAGGUGACGAAGAUCACAUUUGCACUAUAGCAGAGGAAUAUGAGCGAAAGAAAUCAGAAAAAAAGAAGCAGGAUGGUCAAAGAGAAAGAAAGAAGGGAAAUAAGAAGAAAGAAAGAAAGAAGAAAAAUCAUACGGCAGAGACUCAUGAGGAGCUGGUGGAUGGAUCAGAUAGGAAAGAAAAAAGCAAGCGGAGGAGAGGAAACAGUGAUGAAAAUAAAUCCUCAAAGGAGAGUGAGAAGGAAGACAAAGAAAAGGCAGCAAAGAAGAAGAACCUUAAGACUAAACUAAUAAAAGAAAAGGUGCAGAAGGUGAGGGGAGCUGAGGAUGAAAAUGUCAAAGGGAAAAAGAAACAUGAAGGAGCCCAAAAGGGACAGACAAAACAGAAUGUUUGUAAACUUGAGAAGGAGAAGGAGGUAAAGAUGAAAAAGCACAAGGAAGUAAUUGUAACAAGUUCAGAGCAGGAGACAAAUGAGGAAGACAACAGUGAGGAUGAGGACAGCGAUGAGGAAGAGAUGAGGCCAGAGUCUCUGACAGCAGAGGAGCUCCAGGAGCUAAAAGAGGAAGUGGAUGAGAGGAAGAAAUUGAUCCAGAGUCUCCGGAGCAAGUCGUGGUCGAUGAAAAAGAAGCUGUUCAUCUUACGGGAGUCUCAGGAGUUUGUGGAGAACUAUGAGGGGGCUUUGGGCAAAGGAAAGGGUAGAAAGCUCUACGCAUUCAAGGUCAUGAUGACCAAGACAUGGAUGAAGUUUCAACGGGACUUUGAAAACUUCAAAACUGCUUGCAUCCCAUGGGAAAUGAAAAUAAAAGAGAUUGAAAGUCACUUUGGCUCUUCUGUUGCCUCUUAUUUUAUCUUCCUCAGGUGGAUGUAUGGCAUCAACAUGAUCUUGUUUGGGCUCACUUUUGGUCUGGUCAUGGUGCCAGAGGCAUUAAUGGGGCGGCCUUAUGGCAGCAUCCCAAGAAAGACGGUCCCGAGAGCUGAGGAAGGGAGUGCCAUGGACUUUGCUGUUUUGUGGGACUUUGGGGUCAGUUUAUGUAUAUGUCACAUAAUGUCAAUUUUACUUGCUCUUGUGGAUUAAAACAUGUUUCUACAGGGUUAUGCUCAGUAUUCUGUCCUCUUCUAUGGUUACUACAAUGACCAGCGUGCCAUUGGCUGGCUCAAGUUUCGCAUGCCUCUGUCUUAUUUCCUGGUUGGAGUGGGAACAGUGGCCUACAGCUAUAUGGUGGUCAUUAGAACGAUGGCCCGUAAUUCCAAUGAGACCGGUGUCGGAGAUGAUAACAGCUUUAAUUUCAGCUGGAAGAUUUUCACAAGUUGGGACUACCUGAUUGGGAACGCCGAAACUGCAGAUAAUAAAUUUGCCUCAAUCACCACCAGCUUCAAGGAAGCCAUCUUGGAAGAGCAAGUGAGCCAUAAGGAUGAUAACAUCCAUCUGACCCGCUUCCUGCGAGUGUUGGCCAAUUUCCUGGUGUUGUGCUGCCUAGCAGGAAGUGGAUACCUCAUUUACUUUGUUGUGCGGCGCUCUCAGAAGUUUGCUUUGGAUGGACUGGAAAAUCAUUCCUGGUGGGAAAGGAAUGAGGUAAAUAUGGUCAUGUCAUUACUGGGGAUGUUUUGCCCCAUGCUGUUUGACAUCAUUAGCACCCUGGAGAACUAUCACCCUCGAGUCGCUCUGCAAUGGCAGCUGGGGCGAAUCUUUGCCCUCUUCUUGGGAAACCUUUACACGUUCAUCAUUGCACUCAUGGAUGAGAUCAACCUAAAAAGGGAAGAGGAAAAAAUGGUAAAAUUGAAUAUAACGCCGUGGGAAGCAAGUUUUUACAACGUCACUCUAUCAGGAAACUGUACUGCGCCACCUGCUGUUCAUCCUGCCGAAGUGCCUCGCGGUCCCUGCUGGGAGACCAUGGUUGGGCAGGAGUUUGUGCGGCUCAUCAUAUCUGACACCAUAACAACCUACGCCACACUGUUUAUUGGUGAUUUUAUGAGAGCUGUGCUUGUUCGUUUUCUCAACUACUGCUGGUGCUGGGACUUGGAGGGCGGAUUUCCAUCAUACUCUGAGUUUGAUGUCAGCGGUAAUGUCCUUGGCUUGAUCUUCAAUCAAGGAAUGAUAUGGAUGGGUGCCUUCUAUGCUCCCUGCCUGCCUGCCCUGAAUGUCCUCCGCCUCCAUGUGUCCAUGUACCUUCAGUGUUGGGCUGUCAUGUGCUGUAAUGUGCCACAGGAAAGAGUCUUCAAGGCCUCUCGCUCCAACAACUUCUACAUGGCCAUGUUACUGGUCAUUCUCUUCCUCUCUACCCUACCUGCAAUGUACACCAUUGUCACAAUCCCUCCAUCCUUUGAUUGUGGACCAUUCAGUGGCAAGAAUCGUAUGUUCGAUAUAAUCCAUGAGACUCUAGAGUCAGACUUCCCAGCCUGGUUUGGAAAAGUGUUCAGCUAUGCCUCAAAUCCUGGACUUGUCCUCCCCUUCAUGUUGUUGAUGGUGCUGGCCAUUUAUUACCUGCAGUCCACAUCCAAAACCUUCAAAGAAGCAAAUGUUGAACUGAAGAAAAAACUACAAAUGCAAAACGAAGAAAACAAGAGAAAGAACAAGCAAGCUGCAUCUGAGGCUGCAGAAAAACAAAAGAAGAAAAAAGCUUUGCUGCAAGACCAUUAAAGUUGUUGGAUUUCAAUAUUUGGUGGUCGAUUAAGGAUUCCUCCUCCUCCUGUUUAGAUGGGAAAGAAAACCACGUUCGAGCUCAGAAAUCACAUUGUGGCAAAUAUGCUGUCAGAGACA